UUUUCGACGCAAGUCGGGUUGGAGGCAACGAAGAAAAAUGGAUCGUGUGUCUGAAGAGAAUUGGUGUCAUACAUCGCGACUUCGUGGACGAGUAACUCGAAACUUCAAGCUUCUGUGUCUGCAGCUGCUUGUCUAGAUAUGAGCUAUUUGUAGCGUCGCGCCGCGAAGGCAGCCGAAACGAACACAGACUGUUUUAAAGUGCCAGAGCAUCUUGAUUUACGGCCUUUCUGACCCGCAUUCGGUUUUGCUUCCAGGCUCAGCGACGCCAUUGUGUGGGUAGCUGAGACGUUUCGAGAGUAUUAGUGGGUUCCGUGUUUCCGAAGUCGCGCUACUCUUCUUCAUAGCCAAAUCUGCGUAGUAACGCUGAUGUACGCGGUGGUUCUGUACGUCAAGCAGUUUAUGAAUGUUACUGCCCCCGAGACAGUCCAGAGAAUUGAAUGUUUUUCCUUACGGAUUUACCUUCGUUAGGAUACACUGUGCUACCAAGUUGUCGACAUGGGCCUCAUCCGUCGUGGUACCAACACGGUUUUCGUGGUGUGCGAGGGAAAACUUCUGGUCCCGAAAUGGGUCUGGAACCACCGAACCGUACGGCAAAAAUUAUGAGUUUUCGUAAAGGCUGACGAGGGUCUCAAGCCUUGUCCAUAGUGGCGACUCUGCUAGACGACAGAAGCCUCUUGACCCACCUCGGGGUGUCAGGCGCCUGCCGGAAGGGGUCCACAGUAAUGUGGUUCCCUCAAGCGAGAUUUCUCAUUUUCUGAGGAGCAUUGAAAUCAGAUUCCGAUGCUGUGAACGCCUUUCUGCAGUGCAGAAUCUCGCGCAGAAACCGAUCGGCGUGACAUGGACAUUCUUUACUUUGUCGCCUACCGAUUUACCUCGUUGCUCUCAGUUUUGUCCCCAGAUUUUGAGGAUAUUAAUGACGGCUCACGUUCACGCAGUUCGCGAAGCCCGUGGAUGUUCCUGCGGGACAGGCGAGUGUUAGGCUGUUGAAGCCGUUUCCUCUCUCGCCUUUCGAUGUACAAGAAAUGGAGAAGUCACAUAGUCAUAGCAAACCGGUAGUCGUGGUUAAGGAUCCUUCUGAGUCUUGCUGUGUGUUCCGUUUGCAAGCGACAGGCGAGCUUGCCUCCGCCGUCCCGAGGUCUUGUGAACCUGGCUGCCCUCCAGAUGGGUUUCCUUCGGAGCAGCAAAAGUUGACUACUGAGAUAUUGUCUGAUUUUGCGACCAUGUGCACCAGACACGGCAACACUCCUGUGCACCCAACCGUUAGAACUGCCUUCGCACCGGGAGAUUUUACCCCGCGUGUGGAUAAAUGUGACCCAGUCACGGAAGCUAUGGAUGCAGAAUAUCUUUUAGAGUCAGAGAAGCAGGACACAGGCGAUUCCGGCCCCUGUGCAUGGCGUGUGGGUUCCUCUUGGGUCGCUGGUCAGGCGGACUCCCAGAGGAAUUUGCGGGAAGAAGAUGUGAUUAAAUUUGAAGGAACCCAGUACAGUUUGUCAGGCUGCGAGGAUAUGUCAUGGAAUCCGAAUGCGUUGCAUCCACAGCAUUCGGUCGGCUCCUUCGACAUUCCUGCCCGGGAGAUGUCCGCCUUUGACGCUGGACAACAUGGUAAACGUUUGUCAAAGAAAAAGCCUGCUGGUACUCCUGAGGGAGUUCUUGACCAGAGCGCGCGUGACGGUUUCAGCCGGGUACGUUUCUCCGAAGUUCUAGAGACGUGUCCGCUCUGUCUGGAAUCAGCAUGCAGCCCUGUGUCUGACACUGUUUUUCCUCCUGUCAUCACAGAAGCACGGGGGAUCGCGCCGUCCGAACAGCAAACAGCUGCUGAAGAUAGGAAAUUGUUCCGUCAGGCGGAACAGCCUCAGCAAGCGGAUGGAAGAGGUGCGCCGCUUCUUCGUGACCUUUUCCAGGCCACACCAGGGUUUUUCACUGAUGAUCUUGGCAAACCCCUGCUGUGGGCAAAUCAGGCUAUCUGUCAAGUGCCUACAGCGCGUGAAACCAGUGUAUGUCAUUUGCAGAUGACAGGAGCGCUCGUACAGGGACUGGCGACUCUGCAUUCGCGCCACCAGCUGCCGAGAAAGCCCGACGGUUCGUAUGAGAUUCUCCCUUCUCGCGGGAUGGAAGAAGCUGAAGCGGAGACACGAAUCGCCGAGACAGGCAAACACAGCGGGAAUGAGAAUCGACUCUGCGAUGAAGUGGGCGCCAUGGAAUCAAGGCACCGAGGCGAAGGAGGCCCAUGCUGUUGGCCGAGGUGCCCUGCUUGUGGGAGGGCGGCCGACGAACUGGGUUUCGUCAGAGACAAGCACUUCGCUCGCGUUUGUGGUCCCUGCCGUGCGGCACGCGUGCGUAACCUUCAAGAGAGAUUGCGGAAGCAGAGAGAGGCCAUUGAGGCUGUCCGAGGUCGGCUCCAGGCCGAGCUGGAUCACGGUGUUUGGGCCGACGAGACAGUAGGAAACGACGGAAGGUUCGAAGGAGCGAAUGCGCAUCUUGGGGAAUCUCAGGAUCAAAGCGUGCCUUCGGAAGACGCUUUGUCCCUCUCUGAAACACGUGAGAGAGCGGAACGCAACGUCCCGACACAGGAAGAAUGCACCCUGUCAAGAAGGGGAACGAAAUCUUCCACUGAGAGUGAACACUCGUGCUUCGCAGAAAGUUCCGUUGGAUCCUGUCCCGGAGAAGAGUUCGACGGGAAAGACGCUGUGUUGUCAAGCCGGAGAAGCAGCUUUCUGAGUGCGUACAGUCAGCUGAGUGUACGCAGCACUGUCAGUGACGGCUCGCCAAUCGAUGAGGCUGCAGCAGCUAGCUCCCUCCCUCGGCUGUCUUCACUCACCGACCGGGGGGCGGCGCCUCAGAUUGGCAGCGGCGAGGAAGUACUGUCGACGGGACUUUCCAGGGACGGUUUGCAUGGUCGAAGGCCCGGGACAACAGGAAAUGGAGACAGUAUACCUUCAGGACAGAACCCGAGCGAAGGGUUUGAGGCAGAGACGGAACGAGGCCAGCGUGAACAACUGAAUGAAGUUAGAGAUCUCAGGCAACGACAAGACGUGCGAGAUACACGGUGGGGACUGGCCGCAGCAAGGAAAGCGACAUACGGGCGCCAGAAUGGCGACAAGAGGAAGGAAGAAGCUCGGUGUCACCGGACUGCGUCCGACCUGCGUUCGCUUCUCCGGUCUGUCAGACAGCAGGUGUCUGAAGUGCGCAGCAGACGGUCGCUUCUCGAAGCCCACCUCCAUCGGCAGCGCCUGAAUGUUUUGUCUCUGCUGAUCAGUUGGAUGCAAAAGAGAAUUUGUGACGGAGAGGAUACCCCCUUCUUCACAGAUGUCCAGGGAAACGCAGUUACGAGGGAGCUCAAUGGUUUCGGCGCAGGGUGGUUCUGCGAGGGAAAUGGAACUAGACUGCCUCUCCAAGACUUUCUCAACUUUUCCUGCUCCACGGUGAAAGCAGAAAACGAUAGAGAUGGUAGGUGGAGUUACCGCGAUGAGGUGUCUGUAAUGUUCGACGACCUGGCCAAUCUGGAACGCUUACAACCUUCUUCCGUAGUGCCAUCUGGCCUCGAGUUUCCCCGCAGGCAUUUUCUUGUUGACGGCUUUCGGGGUUCAGGUGCGGGCCCUUCUGCGUUCAGCGAUGUCUCGGCGGAACUGCGCAUCACGAAGGAAGCGCUGUAUCAGGUGCGCUCUCUUCGCUGUCAAGAAGUCCUCGGCCUGUUUGCCUUUCAGCGGUCCGAGGGUAUGGACACCUCAGCCUGUUGCACUUGCAGGCCAGCCACCGUGCCGGGUGGCGCUGCUUCAGCGGCUGCGAGAGUCGAAACAACCGACAAGGAUGUACACACAGUGAGCGCUCCUAUUUCGACCAACGAUUUCUUGCCGAGGAGAGAGCAAGACGAAAUCGAUGAAGAACAACGAAAAGGGACGUGGACUCAGGUUUCGCCUCUGGACGGCGGCCUCUGGAAGCCAGAAUCCUUUUUCUCGUCUCGCAAGGAGGCGCUGCUUGAUCUUCAAGCCUCGCUUAAUCUCUUGGCCUACAUUGUUGCUGCGUUGGCGUCUUACCUCGAUGUUCUCUUACCGUUUCCCGUCUACAUCCUUCCCUCUUCAUCUCCCCUUGAACAGCAACCAAAGAGAAAAACCCGCCAGCAGCGAAAUUCCUUUCAGCCUUCUCACCCUUCUUCCCGGAUCGGCGUCUCUUUUCGGCAGAGCGGCUCCUCUCGGAGACUCAGUUUCCAACGCGAACCAGGUGUCGGCUCCGAAGGCGUAGAGCGGAACCUAGUUGCCUUCACGGCGACAGUGGCACCUCCGUCAGCGGGCGGCACAUUGGAGACAGCAGUUCCCGCCAUCUUCCAAGCGAGUCGCCUUAGAGUUGAGAGAGGCGACGAACUGCAUGCGCAGAUAUCGGGUCCUCCACGGCAAGACGAUGCGUGUCAGCGGCCUCUGACAACGUUGGGUGAAUGGCAAGGGCGAGUAAGGGAAGAAGAUUUUACAGGCGUUGAAACACUAGAACAAGACCCGUCGAACGCGUCGUCGCAGCCACCUUCUGGAGGUCAGAGUGAAGCAAAAGAGAGCUCUGUCCAUGUGGCGUCCCCUUCUCUUCUUCCUGGCGCGAGCGUCUCGUCGCUCGCGCCUUCUUCUUCGGCAGAUGUCCUCUGUCUGAACAAUGGGAGCGGAGGCAUCACUCUGCCACACGCAGAAAAAAAUUCUUCACUUCAAGAUGCUGGCAGCCCGCGGGCUCUGCUUCGCAGGAGGGCAGCCACCGAUUUGGCUGCGCGAAACGUCGCAAGGGAAGAAGGAAUAUCAGAGUGUUUCCCGUCACAUUCAGGUUCCUGGAAGUACAUGCAUGGCGACGGAAAUUCGCACGCACGACAGGAGGACAGCGCACGAAGAACAGAUCGGCACGAAGAAAGGACUGCGGGUGAACACACAUUCUCGGCUUCACCUGUUCUGUCUUCUCUUUUAAGGGUUUCGCCUUGGUCUUCCACUUCCUGUUCUUUCUCUGGGUCAUGCGUUGUGUCUUCCUCCUUGCACCGAGAAGGCGAGCAAAUCCCAGCUCGAAGCGCAACUGAAUUAGCUUCAACUUCUUCAGUGACGGAGAGCUCGGGGGUUCAAGAGGAGCCUCAUGGCCCUUCGCGUUUUCUCGCGUCUUCUUCCGAGAAAGUGUUUCAGCAAACAGGGUUUCAGGUGCGUGGGGAGCACAGCCCUGUGUCUUUGUUGGCAACCCGUUUCUCUAUUCCCACUUGCAGUCGUCUUCUAAACGUGCAAACGACGCCAUCGGAUUUCCGGUCUUCAGCAUCUCGCGCUUUUGAGAGUCUGAUGACUGCAAGCGGCUCUCUUUCUGUCUCCACUUCCGCGCAUGCGAGAGGGACGGAUGGGAGCCAAGAGAACACUCUCUGGUCGGUCGUCGACAGUCUUUUCCCUCGGGCGGCGGAGCGGCUGUGGGCGGCAGCUGCUCGCGGCGGCUUUUCGCCUAGACUCCAGACACAGCGUCCCCGCCUCAGAGGCGAGCGACAAAGCUCCAGAACUCGGAGCUUGGCCCAAAUCGUGGCGGAUCGACUCCCCGCUAUCCUUCACUCAGUCGGACCCGCAGCUGCUCGUUUUUCACCGCGACGCCUCGCCUACGGCAUGCCAGGAGAAGCCGUUGGGGCUGAUUCGACGUCUGAAGACAGAAGGACUGAAGAGUCGAGAGCGGAGGUGAGAACAUUCGACGCGCAUGAGGCGCAAGGCCCUUCAGAGGAAUGGGAACGUCGAAAAAACAGCGCCAGGAGCGAGCGCGGAGAUUCGCGGGUCUUAGCAUUCCAUGGCGAGGACGCACAACUAGUCUCUCCUGGGUCUAGGGACGAAGGCAAGGGAGUAGUUGGGGCGCUACAAGCGGAGAAGGAGCGAGACAGAGGGAACCCUCACUCGAGUUGGAGCUGCUCUGCGAAAUUGAAACGCAACGCCUGUUCUUUCUCGUCCCCUGGAGGCGAAGUUUCAGGAGAGUGCGAGGAGUCUUCGAGCGGCGUCCGGCGAAGCGAAGAGAGUGUCCGAUCUGGGGCGCUUUCACAUCGUGAUGCACGGAGGGACACAGAGGGGGAACGGCAGGCGCUGGUCGAGCGCAAAUGCAACAAAACGCUUUUCGGGACCAGAAAUGUUGGCUUGGUUUACUCCGGGUCCCCUACAACCCCGGAAGUGGCUUCCAGUAGAGACCGCCUUGACCGGUCUAGAGAAAAAGCCUCGCUUCCUCUGUUCUCCUGGAGUGCCGCGACGAUGGCUGCAGCUGCCGCAGCCGCACGACACCAACAAAGUGCACACGCGGCGCGCAGAAAGGCGGCGUUUCGUGGCGACAACCGGGGACUUGAUAGAGGGUUCGACGGUGAGGCGAGGAGCGGCUUUCAGCCACUGAGAGGAGAGGAGAGAGGAAAAGAAGGGAAGCCACCAAGGCAGCAGAGGGCGCGACCAGGAGACCGAGAAACCCACAUGCGGAACUGGCGACGGAAUCUCAGUAAAGAAGACCUCGCGCCAGUGGUCGGAUUUAAAGCUGGUGGGUUCCACGCACUGGUGAUACCUACCUCCACUUCUCGCUCUUCAUCUCUUUUCUCUGGAGAGCGGUCCGAGACUGUGAACACGCAAGGCUGCAGGGAGUCUUCUGCGGGCGUGGAGCAGCUGCCUGGCAACGAGAACGACUCUUCGAAGGACGGAGACAAGGGGUUUGGAGGCAAUGGAGACAGGCGACCCCAGGAUACAAGGCUGAACUUCGAAGACACGAAAGGCGCGGCGAAUAUGUUUAUCUGUGAGUGGCACCAUGUCCACCUGAAGACGCGCGGCUCUUUUUCUGACAGGAACGCGGGAACACUGUACCCCAGGGAGACAGCGACGAGGGCGAUAACGCCCACGGCGCCCGACGAGGCAGGAGAAAAGGAGACUCCAGUGGAGAGUUACCUCGUCUCGGCAAAACAGGCUCCCGUGCCUUCUUUGACAGUGGCUUCCGGUUCUCGCGACUGCCGGCUUAGCGGCAAAGAGAGGGAGAACAAUCUCGAGCAUGGCUUGGAUUUGAGGCUCUCUCAGAGACCUGUUGCGAAGCCGGAGAACAGCAGUGCAGAGAUAAUCGAAAGGGACACGCGGGCGUCUCUGCUGGAGAGGAGAGCGUUUCGAAGGGGGCGAGAACUGGAGGAAGAACGGGAAAUUUUCGUGUCUUUGUCAGGGGCCAGCAGUGCAGCAACAACUGUCGAGUUCGCUGAGUUACGAAGGUGCGGUGGCUCCACUUUGGGCAAAGAGGAAGGCCUGAAGAGAAGGGAAACGCGCGACAGUGGCGGCAAAGGAUGGAUCGGCACAGAGAGCGGAGAAGACAGCAGAGCGAGAGAAAGUGCAUCCGGAGAGAACGAUAGUCUUGAAAAGGAGUUCGCGAAUUCUUGGCGAAUGGAGCACUGUGAAGACGAUGAAGGCGAGGAGACCGACGAAGACGAGGCAUCGACAGAAGCCGCCGCUGUUGACUUCCGCGUAGCCCGUGCAGUCAUUGUUCACAGAGGCACCGGAGAAGCUUUCCGGCUGAGUGUAGUCGAUGGCGACGUGAAGCCGGAGAGGCUGCAGACGACCCUUCAAUUGCUCAACUGGGACCUUCUCGCGCUUCAUUUGGGCAAGGAAGGUGUGUUGCCUCCUGCUGCCAUCUGGAGUGAUACGCUAGCUCUCCUCGCUGCGUUGAUGAAUUCCGAGGCGUUUUCAGCAUGUGGCCCGUUCCUGUCUUCGUUCGGAAGUGCAGACCUUCGAGUCCAGGGAUGGCCGGAGAGCAGCCAAAGAGCUCCGUGGUCCUAUCGUUUUUUGAGCGGAGCGGCGACAUCGCUGGCUCCCGGGGGAGGCGUAGGGGCAGCUAGCUGGAGCCGUCUCUCCGCCACGAUGCAGUCCUUCCCUCCUCUCUUACUUCUCAGCGCAGCGGUCUGGGGACGGGCUGCGCCACCUGGUCCUCUCCCGAGACAGAACGAGGGAAACCCGUUAGCGCUAUCUUGUGAACAUCCUGGAGCGCAGAGAACUUCAGUCGUCCUUCUGGAGACCGGAAGGGCCGGAGGGAAAAGCCAAGCUGCAGAAGAGCAGUACGAACGCGCCGCGCCCGGUGAAAUGAUUGCAGGACUUCUGGCAGUCUCUUCGUUGCUAGAUGAACACGAAGAAGACGGCUGGAUGCUCAUUGAUGACGGCCCUACAGAACGGGAAUGCACCCGUGGCGCCUCGGCUGGCAGAACUGUUCCGACUGCCGUUUCCGUACCUCCGCCGACAGCAGAGAGAGGUGGAGAAACGCUGAAGAUAGCCAUGGGGAAAGACAAAGUGUCUUCUGGAGAGUGUCUACAAUCAGUGGGGAGCCCAGUUCUGACGAUGAAGAAGAAAGGGAGGGAGCGGAUGCAAAUGAAGAUGAAGAGGCCGCGAAGACAGAAUACCCGGUUUCGCGGAGAGAGUUCCUGCCUGUCGUAGAUGUGACGGAGGCCUGCAGCAGGACUACAACGGCUCGCGGGUGCCCUGAGAAGCGGCAGCAACCACAACAGCGUUCUGUCGCAGGUUCAAUGGCAGGUGAACGCUUCUUCCCCCGAGAGCCUUCACCGUUGCGAAGGGGAGCUCCUGGAAUGCACUCUGCCAUACAUAAUAGUGACUAUGCUUCACGCGCUCAGUCCGUC